CAACUCAGAUUACAGGCAGUUCUGUGGUGUUGUCAAUGUUCUGUCACAAGUCUUCUAAUUUUCAAAAUUUAAUAGUAUUUAUCAAUUAAAAUGACUUUCACGCUGUGGAAUCUUCUGGAGGCAUCCUUGUUGUGUCUAAAUGCAGUGUGCGUGUUGCACGAGGAACGUUUCCUGAGGAAAAUUGGGUGGAGUGCAAGGGCGACAGACGUUCAAGGGUUUGGCGAGACGACCUCCACUAAGGCCCAAAUAUAUAAUUUGUUCCAUUCAGUACGAACAGUGGCAAGAUUCCCCCUGAUAUUCCUCAACGUGCUGGUGAUAUUGUUUAAGAUAAUACUUGGAUAAUUAAUGUAUUAUGUUUAUAUUAAUAUAAUAUAUUUUUAUAACUUAUUACACCCUAAUUUUGUAUUGUAAACUGUAAAAAUUUUGUAAAUAAAUGAUUUUGUGAG